UUCACAGCGUGCCUGGCCUGCAAAAACAAAAUAUCAAAUUCCUCGAACAUUUUCCCUCUCGCAAAUUCGGAACAGCGACUUGCCGGAGCCCUUGUUACCAGCUUGGAGAAUAUCACAGCGAAUUAGGUUUCUCGGCUUGCAUUUCUUUGGUCGAAAGAUGACAGCCCACUUUCACCACUUUUAAGGCUCCAGAACAACGUCACAUCUGGCAAAUUUCCUACUUCAGCCUUAGCAAAUAGCCCACAACACAACACACAACACCCGCAGAUCGAGGAACAUCACAAAUACCACCCAUGCCAACACCUUCGGAUUCACAGUCUUCCAUCUCCAUCUCCACCCCAACCCCCACCCGCUCACGCUCUUCAUCCUCCUACUUCACCUACCCCGUUACAUAUGCUGUCUCCGGGCUGCUACGCCGCCUCUCGCAGGAUCCUAAUUCGCCCUCCAACAGCGCCAGCAAUAAAACCUCCAAUUCUGGCACCACGAGCCUGAGUCAGAGCGUACAAAGCAUUGAUAGUAUGAACAGCGUCUUUACGCCUCCACGACGGAACGCCAGUCCGUUUCAACCGCCACCGCUCACACCACUCACGCUGAAGGGUUAUAAGCCGGGUACCACACAGAAUGCGAAGCUGUUGACGAAAGCGUUAGCAGAGGAGAUUCGGUUGCUGGUGCCGCCGCGGCUGCAGUUGGUGGAUGAGUGGAAUUUGGCAUAUAGUUUGGAGCAGAAUGGUGUCAGCUUGGCGACGUUGUAUGAGAAGUGUGAUUAUUAUCGGGGGAAGAGGGGGGGCUUUGUGCUGAUAGUGCAGGACGGAUCUGGAGGGGUCUUCGGCGCCUACCUAUCUGACGCUCCUCGCCCUUCCUCCCAUUUCUUUGGCACAGGCGAAUGCUUCCUCUGGCGCGCACAUGUCCUUCCGUCCAUCCCCGAUCUCUCCUCGCUCCCUCCGCCCCCAAGCGCGGAUACUACAAACGCCCAACGGAUGACAACAGUAGCCCAUACACGGUCGUCAAAUGCAUUAAGCCCGCCAGCAUCUGGCCAAGGAAGUCAGAGCGGAACAGGCACACCCGAGCGAAUACGGUUUAAGGCAUUCCCAUAUAGCGGUGUGAAUGAUUACAUGAUAUUCUGUGAACAGAGUUAUUUAAGCGUUGGUGGAGGCGACGGUCACUACGGUCUCUGGCUGGACGACAACCUCGAAAACGGUGUCUCAAGUUCGUGUCCAACAUUCGGCAACGAGCCUCUCAGCGACGACGGCACUAAAUUCGAAGUCUUGGGCGUGGAACUCUGGUAUAUUGGCGCCUAGCCCCAUCACUCCCUUUCCCUCUUUCGCAUCACAAUUGCCCUUCUCAAUGCAAUUCAAAAUCUAGCAAAAGCAAAUCACCACGGCGUUUUAUCGUGUGUGGGCGUGGGCUUCGACCAGGAACGACUGAUUUUCAUCAUUUCAUGGAAUGGAACCGUACCAUGUGAGCUUGCUUUAAUGGAAUGAUACCACGGUAGGAAACGGUAUACACGAGGGAAUGAAUUUAGCAUCAGUGAUUGCGCGGUGCGCAUGAUAUCCUCUCAUUUUUGUCUUCGUUAUACUAGCUAGUAUUAAUUGAUACUUUUGCGGGGCUUG